AUGUUUUCGGAUACGAAGCGAUAUCGCACUCACUAUAGGGCUCAGUUCAAUCAGUUGAAAUCCUCAUCAGACGGAGAGUAUGCCAUUCCACUGGAUGUGUUGCGAACACGACUACGGAAGCAGAGAUCAACCAUCAAACUACGAGAUGACCAGAUCGAGGCGCUGCUCAGGGAAGCCGACAAAAAUGGUGAUGAGCGUAUUACGGUCGAGGAAUUUGAGGAGCUGGUGACUUCGAGAGAGGCUCAGUCGUCCCAAGUGAAGCGGGCUCUCUAUGCGAUUGCCGACCAGGUGAUCACCCCUCAGCAACGGAUAGAAGUGCACUCAUAUAUAGACGAAUACACCUGUUGCCCUCCUCCACUGUUUAUACUCCUCAUAACCAUCAUUGAGAUUGCGGUCUUCUUCUACUACUACUGGACGGAACCACUAGCAGCCGGCGAAGAUAUCUUCACGUUUUGCGCUGGCUGCUAUGUCGACAAUCAUGUGGGCCCUCUACUCUUCGCCCCCAAGCUGCGAGCACAAGUAUGGCGUUUUCUCAGCUACGCACUUCUCCAUGCUGGGCUCAUCCAUCUAGUCGGUAACAUGACGGUCCAGAUCGUGAUAGGUGUGCCUCUCGAAAUAGUUCACAAACCUUGGCGAAUAGGCCCACUUUAUUUGAUGGCAGUGCUGACAGGCGCUCUUCUCCAGUACACCCUCGACCCAAAAGUGUAUGUGGUGGGUGCCUCAGCAGGAGUGUAUGCACUGCUCACUGCUCAUCUUGCGAAUAUCUUUCUCAAUUGGGCCGAAAUGCCCUACCGAUGGGUACGGUUGGGACUGAUCUCGAUUUUUCUCGUGUUCGACAUCGCAACUGCCAUAUUUCGUCGCAUCUGUUCAGAUGAAUGUGACACGGUGUCACAUUCCGCCCAUAUCGCAGGCGGCAUUACUGGAUUCUGCUUUGGCGUGGUAAUCCUCUACAAUAUCGUGGAGCGUCCAUGGGAGAGAAUCAUCAAGCACGUCUGCAUUUCCCUCUACGUUGCAUUUGUUGCUUUCACCAUUGCUCUGACUAUCUUCCAACAGCCUGAAUCUUCUGCACUUUGGGAAUCGAGCAAGUGUACACAACAAGCUUGGCUCCGUGCGGCACUACUCUGA